AUGGUGCUAUCCUACCGCGUCCUCUCUGCCAUCACCAAGCUCGGCUUGGUGGCCGGCUCUGCCUAUGCUGAUAGUGAGUACAUUUGGCCUAAUGCCAAGACUGACUUGCUCGAGUCUAUGCUCUAUGAGCAGCAGGGAUUUGGAUCUGGCAACUCGCCAGCAACCUUUAUCGUCCCCUGCGAUAAGGUCCCUUUUGGCACUGGGCGUAAUGGAGCUGCAGAAUGGCUGCGAACGGCAUAUCAUGACAUGGCAACUGCGGAUGUCGUGACGGGAGUAGGAGGUCUCGACGCGUCUAUUGGGUUUGAGGUGAACCGCGAUGAGAAUCCCGGUAUUGGCUUCAACGAAACGCUUGUGAAUCUAGCCGCGUUCCUCACACCGCGUUCAUCUAUGGCGGAUUUGAUCGCCUUGGGGGCAGUGUUUGCUGCAAAUGGAUGCUCAAAUGGAAGCGUUGAGAUUCCCUAUCGAGCGGGUAGAGUUGAUGCUACAGGACCUGGUGCGUCAGGCGUGCCCAAGCCAGAGCAGCCUUUGGACGAGCACAUCACCAAUUUCCAGAGACAAGGAUUUACGCCGCAAGAGAUGAUUGGGCUGGUGGCAUGUGGCCAUACCCUUGGAGGUGUUCAUGGCGUAGACUUUCCUGAGAUUGUCCCAGCAAAUGAUCAGAACACGCAGACGUUCGACACAACUAACACGGGAUUCACCGGGUUUGACAACACUGUUGCUGUUCAGUUCGUGAACAACGUUACGCAGAAUCCACUCGCGUUUGGUCACAAUGAGACCACCAACUCCGAUGCCAGAAUCUUCAACUCUGACGGAGGGGAGGAAAUUGGGAAAAUGGCAGAUUCCCCCUCUUACUUCUACCAAACCUGCACAACACUGCUCGAACGAAUGAUCAAUACCGUCCCCAAGGGCGUAGCUCUUACGGAUCCAAUCCAGCCCAUUGCCGUAAAGCCUUCCCAGCUAUUUGCCACUAUCAACUCGGAUGGAACGAUGACCAUGUCUGGCUAUAUCAGACUUGCUGGCCCCGUAACCGCCAACCCAAACCGCACAGUCAAGAUCCACUUCCAUCCUCGUUCUGGGGAGAGAGAUACUGGCGCUUCUAUCGUUAGCAAAAGCAUAACUUCAGCUAGUUCUGCUCAUGUCCUCUACGGAAACCCUCCUCUUACUUUCUGGUGGUACCAGUUCUCGACAGUGAUUCCCGUCACACAAGGUGUUUCUGGAUUUGACGUGGAGGUUGUCGAUACCAGCAACGGAGCCACCAACAGCACCAUGUACAAGAAUGGUGGCCAAGGAUUCCCGUUUGAUGAUACGAUCGUUACGCAGCCAAAGCUGUCAUGUUCUGAAACAAUUUACAACGGACUGAUGAACUUGACUGUUGCGGUAAGCCUCCCUACUCCUAAUACAACAAGCUAUCUGUCCACUAAUGCUAAUAAUAAUACCAAUUUAGAUCCGUGA